GGUGUGCGCGGGGGGCCUGCUGGAGGCGGCGGCGGCGGCGGCGGCGACGACGACGACGGGGGCGGCCACAUCUUCUCUGGCCCCCACCCCUGCAUUAGUUCUCCCAACUGCCCCCGCCCCUGGCCUUUUUCUGCAGCCCGAGCGCGAGUCGCGGGCGCUCCCGCCUCUCGGUCCCCUCCUCCACCCGGCCCUCGCUCCUCCCCGCCUCCGCCUCUCGUUGUUUCUCGGAACCUUUUUUGCUCCUGACCUUUCCUCGCUGGGUUGUCACCAUGUCUCUGAAAGUGCACACGAGCAACAUCACCAACAAGAAUGACCCCAAGUCCCUCAACUCUAGGGUCUUCAUUGGGAACUUAAACACAGCCAUGGUAAAGAAGGCAGACGUAGAGACCAUCUUCUCCAAGUAUGGCCGUGUAGCUGGCUGCUCUGUGCACAAGGGCUACGCCUUCGUCCAGUAUGCCAGUGAGCGCCAUGCCCGUGCCGCCGUGCUGGGCGAGAAUGGGCGAGUGCUGGCAGGGCAGACUUUGGACAUCAACAUGGCUGGAGAACCUAAACCGAAUAGACCAAAAGGACUCAAGAGAGCAGCUUCUGCCUCCUAUGGGGGCUACGACUUUGACUCUGAUUACUACAGGGAAGACCUGUAUGACAGCCCCAGUCCCAGCCUCAGCCUCAGCCUACUCUUGGCUGCCCGGGAGAAGGGGUUUCCGGCUCCCAGCUCAGGAGUGCAGUCAGGACCACUGUCCGAGGGAAGGCAUGUGAACCCUGGGUUCUUAGUCCCCAGAUCCACCACGGAGCCACUGUGUGGCCUGAGGCUUUUUGAACCCCGGGGCCGGCUCUCUCCGGUCCCCAGGGUGGUUCCUGUGAAGCGGCCACGGGUCACCAUCCCUCUCGUUCGUCGCAUCAAAGCAACUCUGCCUGUCAGACUCUUUGCCCGCUCCACCACUUCCAGCAGCUCAUCAAAGUUAAAGUUGAAAUGUACUGAACUGCAGACCAUCAAGACAGAACUUACCCAGAUCAAGUACAACAUUGAGGCCCUGCUGGGGCGGCUGGACCAGAUCUCGGAGGAGCAGAGUCCUAGCACAGAUGGCAAGAAGAAAAAUGACAGCAAGAAAAGUGAGGCCACUCAGGAGGACACGGCUUCGGAGGCAGAGACACCGUUGGAAGAGUUGUUACCUGGGGAUGACGGUGACGAGGCGCUGGCACAGGAUGACUUCGAAGAUUUGGACAACAGCCGAUACACAGAGCUGGAUGAAUUGACUCUACAGUAAAUGCGGGAUAGGAGGGACUGCAGGCUGACCCGAGGAGGACGGUAUGAGGGCAAACCCUGACCCUGGCCCCCUGAGCCAGGCACCACCCAUCACCCCCCACCCCCCAGGUGCCAUCAUCCCCAGCUGGGCAGCAGAGGAGAACUAUGGGUCCGACGGCUUCUACCCACCUGUCACCCAUCAGUGCCAGAUCCAGCCAGCCCCUUCUCCAGAUGGACCUGGUACCCUCGACAACUCACCUGGGCACCUUCCUGCUGGAGCAGACAGCAGGAAAUCUCUCCCUAUCCACCCACCCCAAGUCCCCCAACUAACUGCCUUCCUUCCUGCCUGGGACUGGCUGGGCCGAGCACAGAAGUUGUAUUAUAUCCUGGACCAGGACACUGCAGGGCUUUGGGAUUUUCUAGGGGUAUGGGGAGGGCAAUCCACAAGGAGGGAACUUCACGAUGACCCUGAUAAUAAAGAGUUUGGAUCCUGAAUGCUCAGGCAGAUUGGACGA